AUGGCUGCAUUUGAGUCAAAUAUAUGGUCUUCAAAAGCCCUUCAAUUUUCAGCACGGCCCGAUUUUGAAAGCGAUAACUGAGAAAUUUUGACCUACUACAGAAACAGAAUGGAAGAAGGUGAGCGAGAAGCUGAAGACUGGCUCAGAAAACAAGAAAGUCUUAGAGUCCGCCAAGAGCACUUGCACAAGCUUGAAUGGGAACAAAAAUCCCGCUUAGAAGAAGAACAAGAGCUUAUGCAUCAGGUCAAAGAAAGGCAAUCAGUCCUCGACAAAGGCCGUGACGAGCUUGUCGCUUUGGCAAGCGAGCAUGAGCAGUUUUUCAAAAACAAAGCAGGAAAUCGUGACAAGCUGCUAAGAAUCAUGGAAAAAACAGAGCCGAUUCAGCAAGAUAUAUAUUUAUCUGAAGGAGAAAAGCCGUUAAAUGUAUAUUCUUAUGCGUCUAACUCCAAUUCUAAUGACCUCAAGCCAAAGCACAUCAUAAGGACUCUUCAUCUGCCGUCCCCACAGACAGAGUCAUUGACCAAAGAAAGAGACCAAUUAUUAAAAGAAAUUGAAGACCAAAGGAGAUUUUUCGUUGAAAAAAUCAAUGAAGCAAGAGAACAUAAAAGGUUCAGGGAAGACUUUUUAAGGACUAAUUAUGAAGAAAACAGCCAAGAAUUAGAUAGCUUGAUAGAGAGGCUAAAUAAAGCCCAGGAAGGGAAAUUGUUUGCUAUAAGGGAUAUUAUUAGGCUCAAGCAUGAAUAUGAAGAACGAGAAAGGCUAAUUUUAGAAAAUUCCCAAGAAAUGAGGGUGAAAUUGGACGCCUUGCUGAUUGAAGCACAAAAUAAUAAAAUAAAAACCAAAAAGGAUACGAGUAAAGCAGAAAAGGACGCCAAUGAAAAAGCUAUGGACUUUGCCCAUCAGUUUAGGAACCAGUCGUCAGAGACUAAAGAUAAGCUUGACCUGAUAAAGGACCAAUAUAACCGUCUUCAAGCGAUUUUCCAAAAUAAAGUGGCAGAUUUAGAAGGCAGAUAUUUCGCGUUAAAUAGAAAAUACCAAGACUUAGAGUCACGGACUAAGCUGGAAAAUGAAGGAUAUCGCUCUGAAAUCGCAAGUCUGCAGUUUAGGAUCGACAAAUAUUUAAAUCCAAAGCCAGAGUAUCAGAAGCCUACAAAACGGCCUGAAUCCAAAUUCUAAUUUUUUAUAUUUUACUAUAUAAAUAGCACCAUUUUUUAAUAAUAAAAAUCAAUAUCCUUCAGCAUACAUCUGUGACAGGUGUGUCCAUCACCACAGCCAAUAAUAUUAAAUCGCUAA